GAUUCUGACGUCUAGAUGAAUGAGACUUGAAUUGUUUUGGGUUAAUUAGCUUAUUAGCGAGCGGUGCUUGCGUAGCAGGUUCACAUGUACUGCUGAAGUGAUGGCUCUAAAGAGAUGAACGGUUUAUGCUGAUUUGUUACACAGUGACAUGACAAUAAUGAAAUUUGUAUUUCAAUUUCAAAUCAUCUGUUGCUGAAAUAGCGCAGAUAAAUUGCCUAAACAAAGGAGGAUAUGUUAUGGUUACUAGACAGAGUACUAGAAGCUACAAGAGAAAAAAUUAUGGUUGUUAUCAAUUUUUGGAUGGGCGUGUUUUAAAAAUUAAGAUUAAAUUUAAAUUUAAAAGUUAUUCAUUUGAACUUUAAUACUAAUACUUCUUGCUACAUACUUGAUUUUUACCAAGUGUUUGCAUGACUCUGAGGAAUGCUGGUUGUAUCUCAGAGCAUGCGCAGAACGAAGGAGUGGUUUGCUUUGACAUGAUACCUGUAAUGAGAGCAGCUAGGUGUCAGUGUCAACAUGACACGCAGAAAAGACUAGAGUGCACCAGAGAAUUUCGAGAGAAGGAUCCGUACUGUACAAAGACAGGAUUGAGCUAGGAUACAACAAAGCCCUGCGGCUGGCAGCUGCUAGACUCGUGACCAGUCUCGCUGCGCUUUUGUCAUUCCUGGAUUCUAGCUGCAUGUACACUGCUGACUGUACGGUGUACACCUGGAGCCUAGAAAGAGAGAAGAUGGAGCGACCGCCUCUUACCAUCACAACGAUAUCGCCCCACCCAUGCGUAGACGGACGCUCCAUCUUCUCUCUUUAUAUGCUCCUGGUACGCACACUAUCUGGUCUCUUGCACACCUCUAGCCCGCUCCGCUCCUUUCGCGCGCGUUAGUUAAUUAAUUAACUAUGAGGGACUGUGCAAGAGCAGUCUAUAGCUGCAUGAAAAGUGCAAACAAUCGCUCAUACAUUAAAUACGUCAGAAGUGGAGAAAUUUUAUAUUAGAGGAGUUGUGCAAUUGCAUGUAAGAAUCGUUCUGAACGGGCCUCGCUAAUACUAGCCUCGCAUUCCAGGCAGAUCUUGUACUAGAGCGUACUAGCGCACACCACUCCACUCCACUCCACGCGCAGUUGAUGGCAGUUGAAUCGACGCGUGUGUCGCUACAGUUGCCUACCGACUGUUCUAGUGGGCAAAAUCGUCGCGGCGGCGUUAAGGAUAAGCCUGAUAACGACUUAACGGUCAGUCACAAUUACGCAGACGGCGAUUCGCCACACACCAGCAGGGGCGCUACGGUUACUGAUCGGAGACAGAAUGUGCCGUAUAGGAGGAGACGUAGCUCUAUAAAAGUGCUUAUGCUACCGACGAAAGCCGUGGACAAGGGUUGGUCUUGGGUCGUGUGUGUGGCCUGUUUUGUGACCACUUUCACGUUAAUUGGAAUCCUGGCGUCGUUCGGUGUCUUGUAUAUCGGAUUACUGGAGUUUUACGGCGGUUCUAAUGGGACAGACAGCUGCUCGACGACGAACUCUAGUUCUAUUGGAGGUCAAACAGCAUGGAUUGGCAAUCAAGCUACUCUUUUCACUUUUCUUCUUGGGCCAAUGUCAGCUGCUAUGGCUGCACGGAUGGGUGUGCGACCAGUCAUUAUCACUGGUGCAAUUAUCUUUACAACAGGCAUGCUCUUAACAGCAGCUACAAAUGAGAUAUGGCAGGCCACACUUACUUACGGUGUAAUGGGUGGUCUUGGAGCAUCUAUGGUUUAUACACCAGUCGUGGGCAUUCUACCUGCUUACUUUGACAAGAGAAAAGCUUUUGCUGUGUGCUUUGCUCAAUCAGGUUCAUGGAUAGGAAAUAUAGUUCUUGUAACAGCCUCAACUUCAAUUCGUCAAUCAUACAACUGGAGAGUACAAUGUCUGUUUUUGGGUGGAAUGAGUACUUUAGCAAUUAUUAUGGGUGUUCUUUACCGACCAAGACCUCCACAGGCAGGCAAUCAUAAGCAACCAUCGAUUAAGGAAGUCAUUGUACAGUCCUGCAAUUCACAGCGACAUAUUCGAUUUGCCGUGUGGGUGUGGUCGAUAUCAUUGCACUUUUUUCAGUUCUAUUUCGUUCUUUUUCAUUUGGCUCGACAUGCCGAAUGCAAGAUGCGAGUUGACCCAACAGAAGCAUCUCUACUGCUCACUUAUAUUGCAAUUAGUGCUGCCGUGUUUAGCAUCAUUGGUGGCAUUGUGCAAGAUCGCAUGCAGAACAAGAUACUUGUGCUACAGUUGGUCAUGUUUGUCGGUGGUGUCACCAACGUUAUGUUCCCCUACAUGACCGAGUAUUCUCACCUUGUUGGAUUUGCUAUCUUGACAGGAUUUAGUGACUCUUUUAUCUCACUUAUGUCUGUAAUUCCACAAGAGCUGGUGGGAGUGAAAGAAGCAGUAAACGCAUUUGGUGUUUUGUCAUUUACGAGUGCAAUCACAGGAGCCCUAGGCGGGCCUGCAGGAGGGUGGGCGUAUGAUGCAUACGGUUCUUAUAAUUUAAUUUUUGUUUUGUCUGGUGUUCUGUCAAUACUCGCUUCCCUCUCCAUGUUUGUCGACUUUUAUCUCAAACGACGGUCUGUAAAAGAAGAAGAAGAAGAAGAAAACAAAGAUACCCAAGAGCCUCAACAAACUCAGGAUGUCAUUACAACCAAAUUUCUAUUGUUCACUGACUUCUUCUCAUAAGACUUUGAUGAGACAAGAUAUUUUGCGUAACACACUAGCUAGCUGUGUAAUUUCUGUUGGAUGUGCGAAUCAGUGUUGCACUGAUCAGGCUAUUUUACUUAGUAUUUAAUAACUAAUAAUCUAUAGGUCCGUUGA